GGAGCAAGACAAGACAACAACCUUUUCUAUGGAGACAAACAUGAGUCGAGACGGCGUUGGCAUUUCUUAACACAGCCCUCACAAAUCUCCUCAACAGAAAAAAAGAUACAGGGGCCUUCCUCGUUUUGACUGAUCGCAGGAGAAAAAAAAGCUUAACGUUCUGGCCCGGACCAAAUGGAAUCGCCAUCGCCAAAGCCGCCAAGGCCUCACUGGCCCAAAAGAGGCAAAAUACUGGGACCUUGCAGUGCACAGCCCCGAAACUCCAUGAACAAUACCCCCUGUGAGUCCGCUAGCCCUGUUCUGUUCUCUACGUGCCCUGGCCACUGCACAAGAGCGAGCAGCGAGUUCCCCAGCCGCCGAGAGGCUUAGUUGACUUGUCGUCGUGUUCCUGAGGCGGGAGGCGGCGCUUCCAUUGGAAAGUGGAAAACCAUAGAAAUAUAAUAGCCACCGACCUUCGCACUUUUUGUCUUAUUCAUUCAACUCAACUCAGCAACACUCAGAAACACUCUAGAGAAACAAUAUUCCAAUACUCGAUUCAAACAUCAACAGAUCGACAGGAACACCCGGCAGAUCUUGCACUGUUUACAUCUCCAUCUCUACCAACAUCAUCCAGAGCCAGUUAUCAUAACUGCACUUAAACCUCACCUCACCUCUACAUCUAAAUCCACAACAACCACAUUCAAAAUGGAGACCUCACCGCAACACUCCCGAUCUUCCUCCUCCGCUUCGCGCCGCUCAAACCUCACUCUCGACCUUUCUAAUAUCCCACCCAUGACCCCGCCUACGCCUCCUUCAAACACCCUCCUCUUCACCAACCUCACCGACCCGGCCAUCUUCCUCCCCGAGAACCUCCAGGUCAUCCGCGACCUCAUCACCCACUCCGCACCCAUUCACGCUUUCGCGCCGCUAAAAUCAUUCCGCCGUAUUGUCGUCUCCUUCUUCGACGAGCAGGCUGCUAUUGCCGUUCGCCAAGUAUGGGAUAACGAGGCUAUCAUGGGUCAGCAGUGCCGUGUCUACUUUGGCAUGCCUACACCUGUCGAUAAGCGCGAUGAGCACCUUGCUCUUCCUGACGCUGGCAAGCUCUUCUUCAUCUCGCCACCACCUAGCCCUCCCCAUGGCUGGGAGAUGCGCCUCGAGGAUGCGCCCAACAAGCUGGUCCACGCUGAGGAUCUCGCUGAUGCGCUUGCUAAGCUGCACCAUCGCCCUGGACCUAUGGAUGAGGACCAAGACUCACCUGUCACUCCUCCCGACUCUGCGCUGCCUGGUCGAACACGCUCGCGCUCCUCUACACUCAUCUACAAGCCUGAGGAUUCGGCAAGCACCAUGCCUGCCGUCAUCGUCGACGACAUGACGGAUGAGCCCGAGGAAGUCAGCCCUGUGGAGCAGUCCAAGCCCAUCUUGGCACACACUGCCCGACCUCCUGUCGAGCUCAUGCACCAUGCUUAAGCUUGUCGCGGUCGAACACUUUCAACCAUCUUGUGAUUUAUUCUGGCGUUAUGGGUACGGAUAACGGUAACUGGGGAUCGGUGAUGGCACGAUUGAGCGGUCUGUCUACCUAGGUUUACAAUGGAGCAUUACAUCCUCUUCAGCAUGUGUUGUAGGAGUUGGUAAAAUAUGUCUUUUGGGGUUACUAUCACGGAAAUGGCGGUAAAUGUGCCACGCAUCGUUGGCUUUUACCUACUGGCGCAACUGUAUAAGAUAGCUAGUGGCUUAAUACCAGUUCUGAAAUCAGAAUGAUACCACACAUAUUGUUUUCAACCUCGCCCAGAUGAUUUGACUUAUUGACGACCUUUCCCAGCAAGUGAUCAAAACACAAUACUAAUCAGCCCAGACAAGGCUUUGCUGCGCCAAGACGGCCGAGAGUAAAUGGCGCGGUAUAUUCGAUACGCCCACGAAUCUGACGAGGCUCACCGCCGCAAUAGCUCCAAGAAUCGUGCCGACUAAGAGCACUGCCCUCCUCGAGAUGGUCAUACUCUUGGAGAAGUCCGCUGACGUUGUCCUUUCUGCCUCAAGGUCCCUGCGCACGCCUAGUUCAGUGAGCAUACCGAGGCGCGGGAGAUACUGGAACUCAAAAGUGCUCGAUUCACCGAGACCGCCCGCUUUAUGAUUGUGGAUCAUGAAAUACGCAAAGUCUUUGAAUCUCUGUUACACGGCGUCAGCCACAAGGUUCUCGGGUUCGUAUUACCGUGGAUAUAGGGGGGUGAGUGAUGAAUACGUACUUGUUCUUGUCGCUUCUGCAUGUAAGCUGGCAUCCAGGGGUAGCUAUAGCUUAUGAAAAAGAGAACAGUGCAUUGCAUCCAUACGACAAGCCGGGAUCGCAAGUCGGGCUUUUCGAUACCGAGUGCGCUGGCGAAUUCAUCGCCGUUGAGUCUGUAUGCGUGCGCGGCAAGUACCUCGCGUGGCAUAUUCAGUGGCGGAGCUCGAGCUUCUGCUGUGAGAAUAUUGUUCGCGAGGAUUUGGGAAUUCGCUGAUGGAGCCACUUCAGAUACUGCUAUGGACUCCAACAUGGCUUUGGCUUGUUGUGGUGUGGCCAUCCAGUCCACAGGCGUUCCAAGCAGAUAUCCAACAUAACGCCAUAAAGCGAGAUAGUCUCCAGUUUGUUGCUUGGAUAAGUAUAUACCCUGACGGGGAGGAGCCAUAUAGACAAUGGCAGCGGAAUACGCUGAAAUAGUGGCGAUUGUAUGUAAGUCGUUGAUAGGAACUCCCCAUUUCUCCAUGUCGAAGUAUCCCGGGUUUUGAUGCUCAAGUUGCAUAAGCCGUCUUCGAACUGAAGCAUGUAAGAGGCGCACUCGUACAGAAGAAACAUAGCCUCUUCCCCCAGGCUUUAUUGCAUCGAGAUCGUCAACGACCUCCAUGAAA